UUUAAUCCUCCUGUUAAUCACAGAUUCUAUAGUUUUAAUCCAUCGCCCAUUUGACAUCAGAUCAUCCCUGUGCUGUGUGCUCGAUCCAGAUCUCCCGCCGGUAGCCACCGCGCGUGGUCGCCGCGGCGGCAUCGGCAUGGCGUCCGAGCUGCGCGCCCUCGCCGCGGUCUCGGCCGCCGCGGCCGCGGCCAUGGCGUACGCGCGCUUCGCCACCGCGCGCCUGGCCCCGGGCGUCCCGCGCCUCGCCGCGCUCCUCCCGGUGCUCGCCCUCCUCCCGUUCCUCCCCUUCGCCUUCGCCUCCAUCCACCUCCGCACCAUCUCCGCCUUCUCCCUCGUCUGGCUCUGCGCCUUCAAGCUCCUCCUCCUCGCCGCGGGACGCGGGCCGCUCCACCCGUCGCUCCCGCUCGUCCGCUUCGCCGCCUGCGCCGCGCUGCCCAUCAAGGUCGUGGACGACGAGAAGCGGAAACCCACCACCUCCACCUCCUCCUCCUCCCGGCGUCUCGCUCCGGCGUUCGUGCUGUCCUACGCGGCCAAGGCGGCCGUCUUCGCGGCGCUCGUCUCGGCCAGGUGCUACCGGGAGGGGAUGCCGGCGUACGCGGUGGUGGCGUUCGACGGCGCGCACGUCUACCUGAUGCUGGAGCUCUUCCUGGCGUCCGCCGCGGCGGCCGCGCGCGUGGUGCUCGGCGCGGAGCUGGAGCCGCAGUUCGACCGGCCCUACCUCGCCACGUCGCUCGCCGACUUCUGGGGGCGGAGGUGGAACCUCAUGGUCCCCGCCGUGCUCCGCCCGAGCGUGUACCUCCCCGUGCGCGCCCGCCACGGCGCCGCGGCGGGCGUGGCCGCGGCGUUCCUCGUGUCGGGGCUCAUGCACGAGGUGCUGUUCUACUACAUCACCCUCGACCCGGGCUGCACCACGGGCGAGGUGACCGCGUUCUUCGCGCUCCACGGCGCGUGCGUGGUGGCGGAGCGGUGGUGGCUGGAAGAAGCUCGUCGUCGCGCGUGGAGGUGGAGGGCGCCGCGGCGGGCGGUGGCGACGGCGAUGACGCUGGCGUUCGUGACGGGGACGGGGUCGUGGCUGUUCUUCGCGCCGGUGACGCGGAGCGGGCUGGACAAGGCCAUCGUGGCGGAGUGCGAGGGGUUCAUGGCCUUCUUGGAAGAGGCCGGGUGGAAGGCGGCCGCCGCGGCCCGUUUGCUUCCGUCGUGAAGGCCCAUGUUGUAACCGAGCAGCUGUUCGUGGGCUGUUCAGCUGAUUCAUGUUGUAACGGCCCAUGUCAAGUCUUUCCCUUUGUAUUGUGGCCCGCGGCCUAACUCGAUUCACGGCCAAUCCAAAACAGGUUAAGAAGCA